UUCUGCCAUGAUUGUGAGGCUUCUUCAGCCAUGUGGAGCUAGGCUAAGUAUAUUGUACACAAAGAUUCUUGAUGUUCUUGCGGAAAUCCCUAAAAAUGCAGCAUAUAGAAAGUAUACAGAACAGAUUACAAAUGAGAAGCUGGCUAUGGUUAAAGCGGAACCAGAUGUUAAAAAAUUAGAAGACCAACUUCAAGGUGGUCAAUUAGAAGAGGUGAUUCUUCAGGCUGAACAUGAACUAAGUCUGGCAAGAAAAAUGAGGGACUGGAAACCAUGGGAGCCAUUAGUGGAAGAGCCUCCUGCCGAUCAGUGGAAAUGGCCAAUAUAAUUAUUAAGUGACUUUGAUGUGUUGAUGGGAAACUGAUGUAAUUAAAUAUACUGUUAUAUUAAGAGUGUUUUCAUCUUACUGACAUUUUAUAAUCGAGAAAAGUGAUAUAGAAAAUAUCUAGGAGACUGUUAAAAUUGGUGAUUAUGGUAAUAUGGUCAUGUGAAUCCAUUUUUGAUUUAUAAAGUAUUCACACAAAUUAUUUCAAAGAUGAUAUUUCUAUGAACAGAGAGGUCAUGGGAAGAUUUGAAAAUUAUUAAAGAAAAAUUCCUACAGAUCUUCAAUGCAGAGACUAUAAUUAAAAAGUAAAGUUUCUUCAGUAGUCUGUUCAAUACGUCAUUUAAUUUUUUUAAGUUAUCCUGAAGAAGAAAAGGUCCUUAAUAUAGUCUAAACAAAUUUAUAGAUCACUGUUUGAAGUAAAUAAUACGAGUGAGUAUUUUCAAAUGUGAUAAAAUGGCACAAGUGACUGGUGAUAAAAUUUGAAAUUAUGGUUAACCUCCUUAGCUGUGAUCUUAUGUAUGUAAAAUAAAACUUAAAUAUAUAAUUAUAUGUUGGAUUACAAAAUCCAUAAUGUCAUUUUAUUUUAGUCAUUAUUUUUUGAAUUAUAUCAUUUACUCUGUUUUCUUAUAGUCUUUAUUAUAUUUUGUUGUUACUAUGUUAUAUUUGAAAACCAUCAAAUUCAAAUACAUUGUACAGUUGAAGAAAUUGACUUAGUACUUAAAAGAAAGAUUUCCCAUUUCACAGAGGUUAUUGGAGAAACUUUUUCUUUUGUUGCAUUUGUGGAAGUUAGUUUUCUGGCCCGUGGCCUUUAAUUUUCUUAAUCAACCUAAUUACAUCAGGAUAGAGGUAGAGUUUCUGUAAAAGAAGAGACAUUAAGAGUUCCUGAAAUUUGUAUCUGGCAUACGGAUAGGCUUAUAUUCAAAACAUCUUAGUCAUGUGACUAAAUUCAAAGUGGAAUCACUAAAUAGUUUGCAGUAUGUUUCUAAUAUAACUGUAGGUGGGUAUCAAAACAAGACAAAUGCUGUUCAGGGAAAGAAGUUGGCAAGCUUAAGGUUAAAAAUAAAAUUACAUGUGUUUUCGCCUUUUCUUCCUAGCUCCCUGUCAUUUCUAAAUACUUGGUUAAAUUUAACUUGGUAUCUCUUUCCUUCAUAGAUAAUAUUAUACUCUUGUGGGGUUUUGUGUAUACGUGUGUGUGUGCGCGCGCACACGUGCACAUUUGCUCAGAAUGAGAAAAAAAUGGUAUUUUUCCUUCUUUCCAGUAUAUUUCUCCCCUCAUAGAGCUGUAACAUGAAUACUAAAUAAAUAUUAAAUAAGAUGGAUUCUUAGAGGUUAGAGUGCAAGAAGUCUCCUUCUUGUGGGGAAGUGUUAGAGGGGGAGUUAGAAGGUUUCUCAUUCUCAUGAUUCUAGUAUUGUUAAUGAGUACAUUGAGGCAAGUUUGGCCUGUUCUUAGAAUGGCCUAUUUCUAAUGCUGUAAAAGAAGUAGAAUAUGAUUUAUAACAACAUUUUCAGUUCUAAACAUUUCUUGAAUAUAUAAUAUAUUUAUUAAAACAUGAUCCUAAAAA